GUAUAGUUUGUCCCAUUUGGCGUACCGUACGCAAGUGCCCUUGAGUGAAAGCAUGGCGAACCGAACCGGCGUGACUUUGGAAAGUGAUUUAAUGAGAUAUACUGAAUACGCUCCGAAAUCUACAGUUCGGAGUGAAGCAGACGUUGAUAAACGGGCUGGUGAGGUUUUGAUUGCUGUUGGUCUUGGUGUUGCCGCUGCAGCUUUUGCAGGGCGCUAUGCGUUUCAGUUAUGGAAGCCUCUUGGUCAAGUUAUCUCUGAGACUGUAAAGAAAAUGCCUGCCUCGGCAUUUUCUGCAUAUUACAAAGGGGGGUUUGAGCCAAAGAUGACGAAACGAGAGGCCAGCCUCGUCCUGGGGAUCAGUCCCACCAGCAGUAAAUCAAAGGUGCAGGAAGCUCACAGAAGAAUCAUGGUUUUGAAUCACCCUGACAAAGGUGGAUCCCCGUACUUGGCCGCAAAGAUUAAUGAAGCAAAAGACCUGCUGGACUCCGGCUUACGGCACUGACCCGUUUGCGUCUUGCCUUCAGCUAGAACUCUGCUUACCGCCUCCGCAGCAUUUUUCCCCCUGACUCCACACAAAUUUUGUGUCACUCUUCCCUGCACUUCUACCCAGUCUUGCCGCAUUUUCGGCGAGGGCCCCUGCAGGGGGUCCACUGGAGCCCGGACACACGACGGACUGGAUGUCCCUGGAUGUUGAAAAUCGGCAAACCUUGACUGAGUGCCUCCUGUGUUUAUGUCCUUAUUCUUUGAUGAGGCGCAAAUGCACGUUACAUUUUUAGCAGUGUCAGAUACACUUGCCACAGUACUCCAAAAGUGGGAAAAUUUAGUUGCAUAUUAAUAGCAAUUAUACAAUGUAAAUUUAUGUAUGUUUUGUUUUAUUGACUGGUGUGAAAUGGGAGAGUAGAGUGUAAUUUUUGUUUGUAUCUACACAAACCAAUGAUCAUUCAUUUUUUAUUUAUUCCCGAUUGCAUGUCUGCUGGACUGGCUUUGUCUGUUUAUGACUGCGUUACAUAUUCAUAUUUGUGAUGUAAACACACAAACCUUGGUGGUACUAUUACAUGCCUCUGUG